AUGAGGCCCAGCCGUUGCUUAGUCGGCUGGACACUGGACAGCUACACGGGCGAUCCAGGUUUGAUUCCCGACGCAGUCGACAGCUACCCGUUCAUCACCAUUAAACCAGUCCAGGGAACCAAUGACAGCAGCGUGGUGAGCAAAGUGUCUGCAGCAGCCUAUGGUUACUUCCGAGAUGAUUUCCAGCGUCGGUUUGUGUGCAAGGUGUCACGGCGAGCCCCUCUCAUUAACAGGGGUUAUUAUGUGAGGUGGAGGGCUGUGGAUCAUUGCAUCAAGCUGUUUCUCCAGGUUACUGCAGGUUGCAACAGAAGACAGAUGCUGUCGUUAGGUGCAGGAUUUGACUCUCUCUACUUCCGCCUGCAUGAGGAAGGGGUCCUGGAAGGGGUGACUGUGUUUGAGGUGGACUUCCCUAACGUGGCCCAGCGGAAGGCAGCCCUGAUUAGAUCAGACCCUCAGCUGAAAGACUGGAAGCCUCACCUAUCCCAUAACUCUGCAGGGCCACUGUAUGCCUCUAGUGAAGAGUACCGGCUGCUGGGUGUGGACGUGCGUGAGGAGGGGCAGGUGCAGCAGGCUCUGUCUGCGGCCGGCUUCCAGUGGAGCUGCCCCACCCUACUGCUCUCAGAGGUGGUGCUCACGUACAUGGAGACACAGGAAUCAGACCGUGUGAUUGGCUGGGCGGCGUCGCACCUGCCAGAGUCCAUGUUUGUGAUGUACGAGCAGAUCCGUCCCUCGGACCCCUUUGGCAGGGUGAUGCAGAGCCACUUCCUCAAGCUCAACUCCGCCCUGCACGCCCUCACCAGCUACCCAGACCUAGCGGCUCAGAGGCAACGCUUCCUUAGCAAGGGCUGGGAGCAGUGUGAGUGUCUGGACAUGAACCAGUUCUACCUGGGCCUGGUAGACCAGCAGGAGAGGAGCAGGGUGGAGGCACUGGAGUCUUUUGACGAGUUUGAGGAGUGGCACCAGAAGUGCUCCCACUACUUCAUCCUGACGGCCACUAGAGGCUCCCUGGCCACCCAGGCUCUCCUCAGCCCUCCAGCAGCAACCCCUAUCCCUCCCCUGAACCCCCAGCUGGCGCCGGUGGCCUUGAGGGUGUUUCCCCUCCCUGGUGGUGGUGGUGACCCAGGUGACCCGUGCCACGUGGAGGGUCUGGGCAUGGCCUCGGCCCUGCUGGAGCCCCACCUCCUCCUGGUCACCGGGGGCUUCGGGAGGAGCGGCAGGGAGGCUGCUGUCAAGGUGAUGGUCCACGACCAGGGGUGCUGGAGACUGGCCAACGUGGAGGUGUCGGCAGACUGGGGUGCUCGACUGUACCACUCGAUGACAGCGGUGCCUGGCUGGGGUGCCCUGGUGUUCGGCGGGAGAUCAUCGCCCCUCAAGCCGUUUGGGGACAUUCUCAGAGUGACCUAUGACUUCGGUCAACGCAGAGAAUCCACUGCCCCAUCUUUGACAGUGAAUGUGGCUCUAAAGGAAAUGGAAUGCAGUGGCUGUCUGCCCCAACCAAGAUGGCGACACACAGCUACUUUGGUCAGACAUAAGGGCCAGACUUUACUGUUUGUGUUUGGAGGACGUACACAGCUGGAGCCAGCCCUGGCUGAUGUUCACUUCCUUGAUGUACAGACAAUGCACUGGACAGAGGUGCUGGUAAAGGGUUCCCCUCCAAUAGGCCGGCACUCCCACUCCUCAGUUGCCUAUGGGGACGGGGCAGUCAUGUUUGGAGGUCUGGGAGCAGGCGGCGUUCCACUAGGAGACACCGUUUUACUGAAGCCCACGCCUGAAGGCUUCAGCUGGGAGACUUUACCUGUGAACCCUCCUGUAGCACCCAGGUACUCCCAUUCUGCACAUGUGAUUGGUGAUAAGCUUGUGGUAGUGGGCGGGGUCUGGCUUCAGACAGAGGGUGUGCCAGGCGUGGCAGUAAUACACCUGAGCACAGGUGCAAGUGUGGAGUAUGACCUGGACAUGGCCUCCAUUCCUUGGCCCCUCAUGCUGCAUUCCUUCUGCUCUGAGCUGCUCGACCCAAAGAGGUCAGAGGUCAUGUUGAUUGGCGGCGGAGGGAACUGCUUUUCGUUCGGGACCCACCUGAACCCCCGUCCUGUGACUGUGGACCUGAGCCCAGUGCUCACGCAAUGUGCCUCAUCAGUUGUAGUGGAAGACUGAUG